AUGAACCACAUUUUCCAAACCUUCUUCACUCCUGCCAACAGCGGCCACCCCCGCAAUUAUGAGAUGCUCAAGGAGGAGCAUGAGGUGGCUGUGGUGGGGGCGCCCCAAAACCCUGCUCCCCUGAUGUCCACCAUGAUCCACUUCCACAGUGAGACCUCCAUGCCUGACCAUGUCGACUGGUCACUGUUCAACACGCUCUUCAUGAACUCCGGCUGCCUGGGCUUCAUAGAAUUUGAGUACUCCAAGAAGUCUAGGGGCAGGAAGAUGGUUGGUGACCUGACCAGGGCCCAGGCCUAUGCCUCCAUCGCCAAGUGCCUGAAUAUCUGGGCCCUGAUCGUGGACAUUGUCAUGACCAUUCUGCUCAUCAUCAUCCCAGUGUUGAUCUUCCAAGUCUAUUGA